CUGUCGUUCGGCCGGAGGGCUUGGUGGCCCUGGGGGCGGGCUCUCCCCAGGACUGUACCCCUCUCCAGUGCCGGCCAUCGGAAGGCCGUGUGAAUCCUCGGUCUCCUAGCAACAAGGAGCUGGGCCGCCCCGAGGGACUCGCAGCGCCGGCCCAGUCGCUCCGGCGCGAGCCGGAACCCAAUCCUGGGCCAAGCGGCAGUCGAAACCUGGAGUUUGGAAGCAUAAACCGGAAAUGGCGGACGAGGCGUUGUUUUUGCUUCUCCAUAACGAGAUGGUGUCUGGAGUGUACAAGUCCGCGGAGCAGGGGGAGGUGGAAAAUGGACGAUGUAUUACUAAGCUGGAAAACAUGGGGUUUCGAGUGGGACAAGGAUUGAUAGAAAGGUUUACAAAAGAUACUGCAAGGUUCAAGGAUGAGUUAGAUAUCAUGAAGUUCAUAUGUAAAGAUUUUUGGACUACGGUAUUCAAGAAACAAAUUGACAAUCUAAGGACAAAUCAUCAGGGCAUCUAUGUACUUCAGGAUAACAAAUUUCGUCUGCUUACUCAGAUGUCUGCAGGAAAACAGUAUUUAGAACACGCAUCUAAGUACUUAGCAUUUACAUGUGGCUUAAUCAGAGGUGGAUUAUCAAAUUUGGGAAUAAAGAGUAUUGUAACAGCUGAAGUAUCUUCAAUGCCUGCCUGCAAAUUUCAGGUGAUGAUACAGAAGCUGUAGACCUUACUGAAAUGCAAGGUUCAACAGUGUAAAGAGAUAACUUAUUCAUGUAUAAAUACUUCAGGUAGCAAUGAUUUAAUUAUGUUGUUGGACAGUAAGCAUGAUUUUUAUCAAUUUAACACAGACCAACUCAAAGGACAUAAAGGGACAUUGUACCAUAGCAUACAUUUUACUGAAACUAUUCAAAAUGAAAACCUGAUUUCAAGUAACCAGACACCUGGUGUAGGACCCUUUUACUUUAAACUUUUUUAAUUUGGUUAAAGUGAUGUGUAUUUAACCAUAUGUGGAGAAGCAAAACUCAGGAUUUGUUGAAUUAGCAUCAAGUAUACACCAACAGAAUAAUUUGUUAGUGUUAGAAAUGAACACAUUUUGAUAACAUAUGGAUGUUUUAUUUUAAAAAGCAAACAAUACACUAAAUUAUGUUUAAUUUUUA